AUUCUGGAACUUUACAAACUGGCCACCCUGAUCCAUUUAGAACGCCACUUGACGAACUUUUCCGGGCAAUCCGCAGAGAUAGAAGCGUGGUCCAGAAGAGCCUUUAUUCUCUUAGACCGACUUCCUCACUCCGACCAACCGUUCCCACUCUUCACUAUCAGCUGUGAAGCACGUAGCGACUUCCAGCGAAGCAUUAAUCUGAAAAAUAUUUCGCAGGCAAAAUCAGCGUCCUUCUCCAAGAAUCUUCGCUCCAUCGCACAAAUGAUCCGGUCGGUCUGGAUGCAGGAUGACCGUGCCAAUACAACACUGAACUACAGGGAAAAACUGAAUGCCAUAUUCAGCGCCGUGGAAGUCCUACCGAGC